UGCGAUCACGUAAACGCAAACACGUCAAUUAGAAAAAAAAAUACGUUGGAGAAAGGUUAUCGAAUAGUGUAUUCGAGGAGUCUAAAAAAUGUCGGGGCGUAGAAAGAAAGACAAGAGCAAGCUAUUGCAAAGACGGCCCCGUUAUGUUCUCGGCAAGGAGCAGAGGUACCAUCAGAAGAGGGACAAGGAAUCCGAGGAAUCGGACAAGGAGAACGAUGACGAGACAGAGACGCUGGACGAGUGGUCGUUACCGUUCCCCGUGGCUAUGUGGGACCUGGAGCACUGCGACCCCAAGAAGUGCACUGGCAGGAAGCUGUUGAGGCACGGUUUGACAAAACUGCUGCGACUGGGCACACGAUUUCCAGGCCUGUGCCUUACUCCAAUGGGCAAUAAGUGCGUGACUCCACUGGAUCGCGAGAUUGUGGAGAGAUAUGGCUGUGCGUUUGUGGAUUGCAGUUGGUCGCGCAUAGACGACACUCCCUUCGACAGAGUAAGGGCGACCCAUCCCCGUAUAUUGCCCUUCCUAGUUGCUGCCAAUCCGAUAAAUUUUGGAAAACCCUGUGAAUUGAGUUGUGUUGAGGCAAUUGCAGCUGCUUUAAUCAUAACUGGAUUCUCGGACGAAGCUAAGCUGUAUCUUGGAAAAUUUCGCUGGGGACACUCAUUUUUGGAGUUGAAUGGUGAAUUGUUAGAGAAGUAUGCUCGUUGCGCAAAUACUGAAGAAGUGAUAGCGGUACAAGACAAGUUUCUAAAGGAUGCCUGGCAGGAGAAGAUAGACAGACUUGCACUGCCUGACUUUCCACCAAGUGACACAGAAUCUGAAGAGGAGGAAGACAAAGAUAAAAACGCAGUAUCCGAGAUAACUAAAGAACUAGCCAAUGCAAGAGUAUAAAAGUACAAUUGAUUGCAGCUGUUUCAUAUGAUCAAGUAAUACAAGUUUUACAUAUGUGAAUAUUUUGUACAUUUUGUUGAAAUAUUGACAUUAUAGAUUUAUAAUGUAUGUACAUACUUAAGAAUUUGUGAUAUAUAUGUAAAUUAUAAUAUAUAUAUAUAUAUAUAUAUAUAUACACACAUAAUAUAUAAAUUAUAUAGCAUAUGAUUAAAGAACAAUGGGAAAGAA